UCACGGCUCGACAGUCGCGGGGCAACCGACGUCCGUGCGACACGUAUGACUCACGCUGCGAUGUGUUUACGCGUAAACUUACGCGACGAAAACUUUUAAAUAAAAAUUAUUGACUGUUGUUUUAGUGCGAAACAAAGUGGAACUUUAAAAAUGGACUCGAGCACGAGCAAACCUUCGUCCCCGCCGAAACCCAUAAAAAAGGAGAACGAAGAAGAAAUCAAGGAGUUCGCCGAAACGGCUAUGAAUGAACUUCUGGGAUGGUACGGGUACGAGCGGCUCGAGUUACGACGAUGGGCUGCGUCACGCGCGCGCGGGGCCAGCCCUGAGCAGGCCAGCGAGCAUAAGAGCAAAGACGAAUGUUCCUGGUGCAACAAGAGCAUCACGGACAGCGGAGCGCUACAACAGGCCGGGGCAGUGUUUUGUUCAGAACUAUGCUUCAGCCAAUCGCGACGCGCCAACUUCAAGCGAGCCAAGACUUGUGACUGGUGCCGACAUGUGCGGCAUACUGUGGCUUAUGUGGACUUCCAGGAUGGAGCCACGCAGUUGCAGUUCUGCUCCGACAAAUGCCUGAACCAAUACAAAAUGCACAUCUUCUGCAGAGAGACGCAGGCGCAUCUCGAUCUCAACCCCCACCUGGUGAACGCCUCUUCCACCUCAAACCUCAUAACUCCUGAACUCUGGCUCAAAAACUGCAAAAGCAGAUCUGCCUCACCAGCAUCCGAACGCUCCGGAUCUCCCACCGAAGGCACCAAGCCACCAGAAAAAGAAAAAGAGAACAAAACUGCAAGAAUAUCUCCCUUACCUUUAAUAACGAUAGCUCCUUCAGCAAAACUAAUGAAACCAAAAACACCUGAAGAGCGCGUGCAAAAGUCACCAGAAACUAAAAAAGAAUCAAGAUUAAAGAUGAAUUUAAGGAAGCGGAGAACCUCCAAAUGUUCCGCCACAGUUACUUCACAAACAGUGAAACACACACCAACUCCCAAAGCCCAGGAUCUAAGAAUGCGGAGUCCAUCUAUGGAUGGGUCAUCACCAGCAUCUACAGUUGGCAACAGUGCAAUACACUCACCGCCGCAUCCAAUAAACCCUCAUACUUUACCUGCUCCUCAUUUCCCUAAUCCAAUGUACAGUAUGCCUCCUCCAGUAUUCAUGGAUAAUCAUGAGCAUAGACCAAAUAUGUUCCCUCCACGAUUUGGCUUUUUGCCGCGACCAGGUAUUCCUAUGCACCAGGAAAGACCUUGCAUUCCGCCUCCUCUAAACUUCCCACCACUAGGCCAAGCACCUCCAGUCACAGUCCUAGUUCCCUACCCUGUAAUCCUUCCAAUACCCUUACCUAUCCCUAUUCCGAUACCUUUCGCAUCUUUCCUCCAAGCACAUUGCGCCAGCAAAGUGAAAACUGAAUCAAUGGACGAUGCCGAAGGCCCGUUAGAUUUUACAAUGAACAGCGAUAAAAACAAAGACGAGGAAUCCAAGGAAAAUAAAAAUGAUAACACAGAAUCAGAUAAAAACUCUAAUCAUAGUGAGGAUCGGAGUGAGGAAAAACAAGAAACGGAAUCUAGUGAGACUAGUAACGCAGAGCAGACUCUGCCUAAAUUCAAAAUAACACGAUUAGGAAAUAAAAUGGCGAAGAUAGUAACAAAAGCCCGCGAACCUUCAGAGGCCCCCAGGCCUCUCAGGAAAAGACGGAGACUUGUCGAAGUUGCCACUGAAGACGACCCUCUAAUCCCGAAGACGAGGAAAAUAGUGCAAGUUUAAAAUUCUUACGAGUAGAUGACACAUAAUCUCAAAUUAAUAUAAUUCCGUUUUAUUAAAUACAUAUCACAAAUUCAUUAAUUAUAAGGUUUUCUGAAAAACGGAUUGGCAGUAGAUGGCGCCUAAAAAUCAGAUUUACGUACGCUAAGCGUAAAUAUUUCAACAUAAACAUCUCUUUGAAAUGAAAUGAUAAGUAGACAAAGUUAUAAUUAAACGUAGAUACAACGUGGUGCUAAACAUCGUGUGUCUGAAAGAACGCAACAGAAAUACAUCAUCUGUGAAAAUUUCAACUGUCUCGGUUGAUGAGAUACAGCCUGGUGACAGUGGUGACAGACAGACAGUGGAGUCUUAGUAAUAAGGUCUCGUUUGUACCGUUUGGGUACGGAAACCUAAAAAAAGAUGCAUUGAGUAAUAAAUUAAUUAAUUUAGUUUGUAGUUUUAGAAUUAACCUUUUGAACGCCAAGCAUUGACGUAACUCGACGUGACACCGCAAUGAAGCAAAAUAAAACCUUAGAGAACAAUAGUGAUUACAAAACAGGAUAUCGAUAUUUUCACUGAUUUCGUUUUUGACAUACUUAGAUUAGAAGAACCACUACACAGGUGUUUUACAAUAUAAUAUUAGAUAAUUCUGGCUUUUAGCUCUACUAAAAACCUUUAAAUAACGUAUUUAAAUAUCAAAAUGUACUUGUAACUUCCACUCAAAUCUCUCAAUAAUGCCACAUCACUACUUGGUGGUGACGUCAGGCAUCGGACGUGAAGUGCCGUCAUGGGCGCACGGAACACUGAUAAGCGCGCGUUACUCAGAGAUGUGCAAACCCGUUGUCGAUUAUUAUUACCUACUAAUUAGCAAACUGCAGUAUCGUUACAAUAAAAUAAAUGCAUAAGGGGUUACAUUAUCACAAAAGGUCAGUACCGUCUUUCAAACCAAGUUGUUUAAAUUAAGCACGAAAACAAGUACCGUAACAGCACAAAUAGCAGAGUUAUUUUAGCAAAAACAACUCCUAUUACAAAAUGUAUGGGAUUAAGCCAUAUCUAUUAUUGAUGGCGCUAGCGUGUUUGUCGGAACUGCGCGAAACGAUUUCUAUUAGGAGAUUGUUACUUUCAUAUAAUAAUAUUAUUCCUCCAUGACUCGGUCACAUCACUAGGCGACGUCAAGUGCCGUUUUUGGCGUGGCUAGCUAUGCUAUUUACUGGGUAAGUCGUAUUAUAACAUAAUGUUGUUUUUUUUAACCUUCUAUUCAUAGUUGAAUUGUAAUAAAGUUAUACAAUAAAGUAGAAGGGCAAAAUAAAAUAAUACAAAUACAAACAAAGAAAUAUAGUUAUUUAUUCAAGAGUCUUUGAUAAAUUAAGUUUGGACGGCAAAUGACGUCGGCGGCGUGAGUGGCACAAAAUGUCGACGACGUGAUUUACCGUCUUUGGCGGUCAAAAGGUUAAGACAUAUUGCGUGCUGGAUCUCGGCAGAUUGUGACGGACUUUUGUAUAUACCAACACCUUUUGUACUCACUUUCAUGCAAUAAAAAAAUUAUGAAUUCCUAAUCAAUAUCAGACCAAUACAGAAUCACGAACUUGGUCUGACAGCUGAACUAGAUGGCGCUGUAGAGCCCCGUAUACUAUUUAUUAGAGAUGUAAAGGGUAAAAACGGGACCCUAUUACUAAGACUCCGCUGUCCGUACUGUCUGUCUUUCUGUCACCAGGCUGUAUCUCAUGAACCGUGAUAGCUAGACAGUUGAAAUUUUCACAGAUGAUGUAUUUCUGUGUCCGCUAUAACAACAAAUACUAUUUUAUAUAUUUAUUAUAAACUAAUUAACUUGUCUACUUGACUAUAAACUGAAAUAAACUUGAACUAUUUUAAUUCCGUUCACUGACUUGAACCAAAUUAGGCCGGCGUUGUGCUUGAAAGUUUUUACUAUAGUUGGUCAAACCAGAUUGUCAGUAAAUAAGAACAAAAAAAAUUAUACUCAUCCUGUUCUUUUGGGUGCUAGUUAGUACUAGUGUAAGACAAAGAUAGUAUGAUUCUCUCCGUCUAUGUUUGAAAUGAGACAGUCCUUUGACAAAACAUAAGUACCUAUGGGAAUAGAAGGAUUACGAAGAAUUUAAAAAUUGAAGGCGCAAAUGUUGCAUCUUAAUUAGAGAGAGUGUACGUAGCCCUAUUUAAACUACUUGCUAUCUCUUUUGCACGCGCAUAAUUAUAUUGCUGUCGAGAGCUUCUCUUACCCAAGAAAAGCUAAAGCAAUAAAAUAUUUUAUAAAGUUUCUUUAAGGAGUCAGAGGUGGCUCCAUCUAUUGACUUUUCGUGACUCGGACACCCUUAUUAAAGAAAUGUAUUAUUAAAAACAAUUUAAAUUACUAGUCUUAGUUGUAAGAUGUGAUGUAGCUCUAAGAUCUAUAUAGAUAAUAAUAAACGCACUGUAAAUGUGAUAUUAGUAACUUAUUAACUAAUAUAUAAAUGGAAUUAAAAUCUCAUUAUGACACG